AUGUUAUCAAAGUGUUGCUUAUGCAUCGACUUAAAAACAGGCACUCUCAUUUUAGCUUCGCUUGGUGCUGUAUUAAACUUUUGCAAUGCCUGGCGAAUUUCAGGGCUGUCUAGUGAACAGCUUGGUACUGUUUACUCAGCCAUGGCUUUCUAUUAUCUAGCUAUAGGUUUUAUUUGUGCCACUGGUUUUGUUGGUGUAUUGAAGAACAAAAUCAAUUAUGUCAAAUUAUUCGCGUAUUAUUAUUGGUUCCACCUUUUAUUGGGAUUAACACUUUCGAUUGUAUUCUCGGUGUUGGCCUUCCACUACGAUAGAGAUAUCUGUCAGAAGGUGAUUGAGCAACCAGAUAUUGAUAUAGAUUUCGAUGCUUGUAUGAAGAUAUAUCUUCGAACUGUUUCAUCUAUGGUGGUCUUGUUGGGAUUAACUUGCUUGAUUGAGCUGCAUUUCUGUCUUGCUAUCUGGGCUUAUUAUCAGAAUCUUCGCUCCGAAUUCAGCAAUCUUGUUCCUGCAACUCACAACAUUUAUUAUUCACCAAUUCCCGCAUACGUUGUUAUUCCUCCUCCUGCGUAUGAUUCGAUUCCUGGUGCAAACAGCGACGAAAAAACAUCCUCCAAGUGA